AUGUGUACUCAUCUAAAUUUCUCUUACAACAACAAUGUAAUGAUGUAUUUGAAAUUGCGAGAAGAAGGAUGUGAAAAAGAUACUGCCAGGAAAUUUUGUCGUAAAUAGUUUUGCAAAGUAGGCUAAAAUUAUAUUAGAUCGAUCAAACAUAAUAAAACAUUGGACCUCCAGGACAUAAAAUACUUAAAAUACAACCAGAUCGAUUGCUUGGUCAAAAAGGAUGGUAACCUGGUUUUCUAAUGAAAUAUGAUUUAGGUGUUGGUUAUAAAGAAUCUGCUGGUAAUAUACAUAUUUCAUACAGAUCUCAAUGAAAAAUUUACUCCAGCUGAACUAGCCAUACUAAAACAAUAUAAAUAAUAUGAGAAGAAAAAGAAUGCUGCACUUUUACAAAAAAUGCUUGCAGUUAAAAGUUAUGCUGACUCACUUAGACCUCCAAAAUUAGAUGUCUUUAGUAAAAGUUACUUAUAAAGAGUUAAAUAAAUUUCUUAAGAAUUAAGGGAAGGUUAAACUAAACCUAAAAAAUAUUUUGAAUUUGGAGAUAUGAAAUUUUAUGCUCUUGUUGACUACAUUAAUAGAUUAGGUUAGAAUAAAGAUUCAAUAAAUCUUAAAUUUGAUCCAAUCUUAUUAGAAGACAUCAAGUUUUAAACUGAAAAUAUUUAAAAAGUUAAUACAGGUAGAGUUUUUCGUAGAAUGGGAACAAUAAGUAACAUAGAAAAAGAAGCUAAUUUUAUUAUGGCUUUAUAAUAAUAAGCUCCUGUAGGAGACAAUAUUGAAAAAGCUAAAUAAAAACCUGAAGUAGUAUCACUUUUAAAACUUAAUCAUUAAAAGAUUGAUCUUGCAGAAGAAUUCAAUUCAACCUAAUAUUUAUUUACUCCAACAAACUCUUAAACUUUACAACCAUCUUAAAUAAAUGAUGAUGCUAUAAAGUCUUUUGUAAAACAAUAUUACUAAAAAUAAUUUGAUGAUAAAUUGAAUUCUAUUUCCACUUAUAAUAGAAAUAUUAGAGUUAGAACAUAAGCUAAUAGUGAAUUUAAAAAGACACCAAGAUAGCCAUCUAAUAAAGUUAAAACUUCAAGUAUAUGA